UGAGACAACUGCAGCCAGGAAGCCCUGAAAGGAACUGAGUCACCACUGUGGUGCCUGGUGGUGCUGGCCUUGCUGCCUAGCAUCAACAGGAACCCGCAGGCUUACAAGGAUUUAGCUGGGCGGUGUCCCUGCUGCUAUGGUGAUGUUAGACAACACGUAAUCUCCCAGAAGUCCCUUAAGCUUAAUUGCUGGAUUGCUUCUGUUAAUGAUGCCCACAGAUGUUUACGUUGGAGAGUAUCAGGUUUUGUUCUUCUGGGUAUGGUGUUGGGUGAUCUAUCUCACCUGCUGUGUGAAUUAUGAGAAUACUUUUUAGAAAGAAAGACUGAAGACUGGGCUAAUGCUCUGACAUAUAUGGCCAACAUUUGAGCAGAUAACAGACUACACACUGUGUGUGUGUGUGUGUGUGUGUGUGUGUGUGUGUGUGUGUGUGUGUGUGUGUGUGUGUGUGUGUGUGUGUGUGUGUGUGUGUGUGUGUGUGUGUGUGUUUUCUAUUUGACGAUCAAACUUUCCCGAAUAAAAUAAAACCCUUUGACUUCAAGUGGGAAGUCUGUUGAACACAUACUUUGGACUGAUAUAUCUCUGACAUCCGUACUCACACCUCCACUAAUGUUAGAGAAGUGAUGUGUUGUUACUUUACAGCGUAAAGUAGCUCACAGAACACAAGGUUACACCAGUUUAACUGUUGAACUCAAGGGCCACUCAGUUACUUUGUUUCAUAUCAAACUAUUUUAGAAUAUCCAUCAAGGCUAAAUGUGCAGUUCUCACUCACACUAAUGCGCCCACUGUUCAUCAAACACAACUGAAGGUAGGUCGCUGUGUUUUCUGCUUGUCUGAUUUUGGGAAAUAACAGUGUGGAACACAGGAACUGGCAUUGUUCCCGUAUAGUUUACAGCCUUUUGCUUAGGUGUUAUACUCUACUUCCUGUUUUCCUCCCUCAAUAUUUUACUGUUUUUUGGCAACAUGGGUCUUUGCAUUUGCCCUUGUUAUCUUCAUGUCCCAAAUGUAAUUAAAUCAGAUAAGGACAUAGUAAACUUAUUGAGGAGGAAUUUGUGUGUUUUUCAUGGACCAUCAGUAAAUGUGGGUAAAACGUUGGGAUAAUAUGUUGUUUUGACACUAAUAAGAUCUCUGCCCACAUUCCACACUCCCCAUCAUUCAGUUUCACUGGCUUGUUAAAGAGGCAUCCUCAUUCUCCCACUGCAUUCGCUCACACAUCCUCCUGCUCUGGCCUAGUAGCAACAAUGCACGCGUUUGCUAUGAAGGUCUACAGUGCUCUGAUAUCCCUCUGUUUCUGCCUGGACAUGGGCGAAGAAUAUCCUACAAAUACAGGUAUAUCAUUCAAUGGAUACAACUCGUGUGUGUGUGUGUGUGUGUGUGUGUGUGUGUGUGUGUGUGUGUGUGUGUGUGUGUGUGUGUGUGUGUGUGUGUGUGUGUGUGUGUGUGUGUGUGUGUGUGUGUGUGUGAAAUAAAAAUAAAAUGACAGGGACGGAUGUUGUAUCUGUGUCUACAUAAUGCACGCUGAGGUGUACCGAUGAAGCUCCGUUAACUAGCAGGCUCCUACCCAGCUCUUAAAUGUGGGGCUCCUGAGGGCCGGAGCCCCAUGGACCAGGCGCUGAGGGUUGUCGGUGGGACAGAGGCCCGCUACGGAUCACAUCCCUGGCUGGUGAGUCAACCUCGCUUCUGAGCUUCUCCCUUUUCUUCGAGCUGCGUUUAUUGUCAACUACAUCUGGUCCUUUGUUUCAUUGUGUAGCAUAUUGAACAAGUAUAAUGGUGUCAAAUGCACUACUACCAUAUACUGUGACCAUACUGUUUUGUACGCAGUACGUGCAUUUUAUAACGUAUGGACAUGUUCUAAUCAGGUAAUUGUUACUUUUCCAUAGAAUAUCAACCAAUCGCCUCGCUCCCAUGACAUUGAGGAAUUGUGUGCUGGUCAUCCCUCAGGUCUCGCUGAAGAUGAAAGGAUCUCAUUUCUGUGGUGCGGCCGUCCUUACAGACAGCUGGCUGAUGACCGCGGCCCACUGCUUCUCCUCCACCUCCAGAAACACCCUCGCUGGCAUCACAGCCGUGGUGGGAGAGUAUGAUCAAGGAUCACGUGAUGAAGAGGAGCAGGCCUUCCUCAUCAAGAACAUAUCCGUCCACGAGAGGUUCCACCACGCCGCCCCCAUGAGCUACGACAUCGCCCUGGUGGAGCUAGAGGGCCACAUUCAGCUGGGAGCCCAUGUCCAGCCAAUCUGUUUGCCUUUACCCGAGGAGAGCUUCACAUCUCCAGCCAGCUGCAUGAUGGCUGGUUGGGGCAGGGUGAGAGAAAGGGGGCGCGUGGCUGCGGUUCUGAGAGAGGUCCGGUUGGACCUGGUGGAUCAGGCCAGGUGUAAGCAUGUCCUGGACACGGUCAGGACCGCCUUGCAGUACCAGGCAGCAGGCCAGCCUCAGCCCGCCUUCACCGUACUCUGUGCUGGGCCUGAAAGAGGAGGGAAGGAUGCAUGUCAGGGGGACUCCGGAGGCCCCUUGGGGUGCCGUGCGCAGGGCGGCGGCCGCUGGGCAGCCGUGGGCGUGGCCUCCUGGGGGAAGGGCUGCGGACGGAGCUGGGGAAGCAACCGGAGCCGGCCGCCCGCGCACCGGGGCUCCCCCGGCGUGUUCACUGACGUCAGGCUGCUGCUGCCCUGGAUCCGCCGCACGCUGAGAGCAGGCAGGUGUGUGUGUGUGUUCGUGUGUGUGUGUGUGUGUGUGUGUGUGUGUGUGUGUGUGUGUGUGUGUGUGUGUGUGUGUGUGUGUGUUCCAGGCCUCCGGAGCUGUGGGGUGAGAGACGGGCCUGUAGCUGACAGUUUAGGGAUCAUCAGAAACCCUGCCCUUCCUUGUCAUCACUAUAGCAACAACGAGUUUUGCACGUGGACCAUCCAUGCUCCACCAGGCUACAGCAUUCUGUUGGAGUUCCACCAUCUUGACCUAGAGAAUGACUCCCGUUGUCUCUUUGACCGACUCACUGUGGCUGUGGGUACCCACGGGCCUGUUGGGAUAUACUGUGGACACGUCCCACUCGGCCCAGUCCUUUUGAAUAACUCCCAGAGUGCAACACUCUCCUUCUCCUCUGACGUUAGCAAAACAGGAAGUGGAUUUGUCAUCCACCACCGUGCUGUGAUGGGACACCUUCCACCUGUUUUCAAAUCGUAUGGUAUGGUGGUUGUUGUUGACGACCAGAGUAUUGUGCAAAGCCCCAAUUAUCCAGAUGACUACAGUAACAACUUCACCUUCACCUGGGUCAUCUAUGCUCCACAGGGUCAUGUUGUCAAGCUGGACUUUACUGACUUUGACCUGGAGGAGUCUGACGGCUGUCUCUACGAUUCCCUCGUUGUCCUGGGAGACGUAGCAGGUGUGGAUCGACUCGCGGUUCUGUGUGGCCCUCGGGUCCCUCCCUCCGUGCUGUCCUACGACCGGGUCAUGGUGCUCAAGCUCACCACAGACGCCACGCUGACACACAGAGGCUUCAGGGCAUCGCUGGCCUUCAUCCACCUUGCAGACCUGCACAACGAGGAGCGGUCAGAUACAGCGGCAUGGCAACCCAACCAGACAGACCAACAGACAGACACACAGACAGGCAUCAGACAGAUACUUUUCAGAGUGUCAGAGGCCCCCGCUGGAAAAAAUCCACUUGCCGAUGAGCUGCAUUCCUGCAUGACGCUCGUUUGCCUAGCGGUGUGUGGAGGGGGGGGGGGCAUUUGUGAGUGUGUGUGUGUGUGCAUGCUCUGUUUAUUAGUAUCCAUGACAGAGCCUGGUAAUGCAAUACACCUCCUCACAGCCAUGGUUGGGAAAGAGGCGUCUGAGGAUAGAGCUCUGCCCUGGAUAGUGCACCUUCUCCUGGAUACUGAGCUAAUCUGCACUGGGGUCCUUGUCCAGGCCCUGGUCGGUCCCAGCCCCUGGUCGCUGCACCGCUGGCUUGUCAGUAACCCUUACAUCCCAAGCUCUUAAUACACACACACACACACACACACACACACACACACACACACACACACACACACACACACACACACACACACACACACACACACACACACACACACACACACACACACACACACACCACAUGUACAGGCAUGCAAACACAAGUAAGAAACUUGCAUUUAUCUGUGAUCUCUUCAGAUGAGGUAUUCCCUGUAAUCAUUAAAACCUAAGCCUUUAAGGAGGUUUACACACUAGGGGGCAACAACAAAGGUUUCGGUAAUUAACUCCAGUUGCCAUGGUACACAUCCGAAUGAUCCAACAAAGACUAUGAUGAUUGGCAUCUCUGUGUUCAUGCCUCUGUGAAAAGGGUCUAUUUGUAUAUCUGAUAAUGGGAUAGGCCAAAAUCAUGUAUUCUAGCAAAUGAAAAGUGUGUUGAGCCUUUUUUAAGAUAUCAUGUUAGAUAAUAAAUACUAAAUUCAACUUGUUUGAGUAUCGUCCACAUUCCGUUCCAUAUGAUUGUUCAUGAUGUUUGUCCUUUAGCUCCACAUUCUUAACCUUUAUUUUCCCUCAAGGUUCUCUCAAUCAUUGUUUAAAUAACCCAUUCUUGUGGGUGCUCUUCUUUUCUACACACACAUCGUCGUGUUAGCUUUGGAAGUUGCCAUAAAAGAGAGCUUCUACCAGACAUUCAUGUAGCUGUAUCUCUAACACACUCUAGAGACACAGAGUCCGUGGCUAAGCUGGCCAUGGAAACCACCGGAGCCCAAAAGCAGGGAAGCCUGGUUGCCAGGGUGGUGAUUCUACACCCAACUGACCCAAGAUACAAUGCCUCCUCUUGGGGCUGUAAUGCUGCUCUGCUCCAGCUUGCCUCUCCCCUGCCUCUCAAUGAGCAUGCUCAGAUCAUGCCUCGUGCCUGCAAGAGCAUCAUGGGAGCCAGGACAGGUUACCUGCCCAGGUGUGCAUCGUCUCAGGGCGGAUUCUACUAGAAAUGGGCUUACGGUGCAGCCCUGGUGUGCCAGAGGGCGGCCUCUGGGUGGCUUUUGCUGGGGCUUUUGAGCGGUGUGGCAUAUGUGGAAGCAGCCCUGGGAGAAACAUGUGGUAGCCUCAACACGCCAGCUGCAGCUGGGUUCACCUCUCUGGCUGCACUCAGAAACCAGAUAGAGGACCAGCUCAGAGUACUGUAGGUAGAGCACUAUCCAGAGCUCAGGAGUCUGUGUCACCAGCAGGCCGAGGCCACCAGGGGGAGUAACAACGAUGGGGGCAAAGGUUCAGAUGAUGAGGACAGUGAACCUGAAUCCCCAGGGCUGGACUAUUACAACAACUAGUCUGCAUGGAGUUUCAUGCUUGUAAUUAUUGUGGACAAUGUCACCAGGUUAUAGGUUUUCCUGUUCAAUGAGUGUAAAACCUGGACAAAAUAAAUGUGCUGCUUUUAUUUAUGCUUCUAUUUCCUGGUUUCAUUUAUAAUGAUUCUAUUAUUUCGUUGAUAUUAUCAUGCUCUCCAUACUACUUGGUGAUCAAGGCACCAAAACAGGUUAUUGGAAUCUAGUAAAUAAAAAAUGUCUGACUGUA